AAUUCAAUAACUUUUAAUGUUGGAUGCCAACGUCAUGAUCUUCUGGUCCACGCGCUAUCAGUCAGUGCAGUGUACAGUUUACCGCGUCGCUAUGGACACCGGCACAGUAUUAUCUGGAGCACUACAGCGCUGUGAUCUUGCCUGAUGAAAUCCAAAUCAAAGGCCCAGUUGGCACCGCUGCCAUGGGCAGAGAUCCUUGCGUAUUGGGUGCUGUCCUUCGGCUCUCAUCUGUACUCGUUCUACCAGCUGCACAGAUUCUCCAAAGAGCAUGAAGCAGGAUUAGAGAGAGAAUUCCAGUUGGAGAAAGGCCUCGUUCAGGGUUUUAAAAGGGACCCAUCAGACUUUGAGUGGACUUUCUGGACAGAAUGGGCUAAGAAGUCUUUGCUGUGGACUCUUGUUGGUCACGGCGUGAUAUCAAGAUUGACCAGCAUCUUUUACCCCAAGUUUCGGGUGCCAGCACUCACGAUAUAUGGCUUCUUAGCAGCCAGCAGUGUGCUGGGGAUUAAAGGAGUGAGUGUGGUGCUGGUACAUCUGGGCCUGUCCUACUCAGUGGCCCAACUGCGAAAGUCAGCUCUGUCAUGGGCCGUCAACCUGCUGCUGCUCUCCACACUUCACAUCCAACCACUUCAAGAGAUCCAGAGGGGCUGGUAUCAGACCGAGGAGGAGUACUAUCUGCUCCUCUUCAGCGUCGCCGUAUGUGGUCUGCGCUUCAUCAGCUUCAGCCUGGAGCAUUGCUGGGCCCCUGCAGACCGGGUUGGAGUUGUGCAGCUCGGCUGGUUGUUUUCAUACACCUUCUAUCAUCCUUUCUUCUACAACGGACCCAUUAUUACGUACCAAGACUACAUCGAGCAGAUGCGGAGGUCUUCUGAGGAGUGUGAUGGAGACAGAGCUGUCUUUACUUACUUGGUGCUCAGAUUAGGACGGAUUAUUCUGUGGUGGUGCAUCGCAGAAUACCUGAUCCAUGUAAUGUACAUGCACUCCAUCCAGUCCAAUGAGACCUACUUAGAAAUCCUCCCUCCCUGGGCCUUGGGAGGUCUGGCCCUGGCACUGGUCCAGUUCUUCUUUGUGAAGUAUCUGGUGCUGUUCGGCCUUCCGUCCACGCUGGCUACUUUGGAUAAACUAGUUCCCCCAAAACUUCCCCACUGUGUCAGCAUCAUGUACAGUUUCACAGGGAUGUGGAGGCACUUUGACGAGGGCCUGUAUCGAUGGCUCAUCAGAUACAUCUAUGUGCCGUUGGGGGGCUCACGGCAUGGUCGUCUUUACAAGGCGUUAUCGACCGGCCUUGCGUUCGGCUUCGUCUGCCUCUGGCACGGCGGCCACGACUACUUACAGUACUGGGCCCUGAUGAAUUGGGCUGGAGUUCUGGUGGAAAAUGGACUGCAGUCUCUCUUCGCCUCGUCGUUUAUUCGCUCCAUUGUUGAGCAGACCUUCUCUGCGGCGAUGGAGCGGCGCUGCAUUGCCCUUCUCUCGGCCUUCUCCACUGCCAUGCUCAUCCUCUCUAAUCUGGUGUUUCUUGGGGGGGGACAUGUUGGCAGAAUCUUCUGGAAGCGUGUCUUCAUUCAAGGCUGGUCGACCAUGGCUCCGCCUAUGCUGGCUUUCCUCUACUGCUUUGCUCAGAUUGGACUUGAGUGGACGUCUCGCCCACCAUGAGUCACCUUGACUUUCCACCGGAGCGAGAAUCCCUGCUACCAGACAACCAGAACAACCUGCUGAGUCCAGUUCCUUGUCCAACCGGGCUCACUGCCACAGAACCCGUCCAAACCUGGCUGAAGUGCAGCUGAGCAGCCACUUUUUUCACCACCCGGCAAAAUCUGUCCGUAAGCUACGACUCAAAGGAUCAGAGCUGAUUCUCUCGAAGGAGAGAGUUUCACGUGCACACAAACUGUAAUAUAAUUAAAUUCAGGGCAGUCUCCGAUAGAAGUCUUGGCAGUUUCAAGGCAUGUUUUCUACCCAAUAAGCUUCACUGAAUCACUGUUAUUCUAAGAAACACUAAAAGAAAAUACGGCCCCGGAUCCGUCUUCGUUACGUGGCUCUGAUAAGGUAUUGCUCAGUGGUGCGGUAAGCUGGAGAAAUGCUAAUUUCAUAUUUACUGUCCUCCUUUAGCUCGCCACAAAAGCAUUGGUGUCUUCAGAGGUAGAUACAAGGAGCAGUGGACUGAAUGGAGCAGCAGGAACCCGAUCAGUGUCAUUAUGUUCCCGUAUAGAUGGAACUUGGGUGAAGUUGCAUCACGCUGAUAUUCGAUAUAUUAAUACAAAGCUUUAGAGGGACAACACACUAACUUUUCAUUUAUCACAUUGAUAAUGAUAGAUGACAUUUAUCCACUAGAAUGCAAAUGAAUGCUAUGUUUUGGGUACGGAUGUAAGAAAAACAAAAACACACAAGUUGUUUGUUUUGUGCUAAUAUGUUGUAUAAUGCCUCAUAUCUCCAUAUGUCAACUGUACACUACCUCAGUCUUGGAUUAAAACCUUGUAUUUCAAGUUCCCUGAUUAUAAAUAUGCAUCCAUGUUGUAAUGGGUAACUCUACUGUACCUGUUGUGAUGACUCAUUCAGUCUCUCAGAUCCAUACAUACAGGUCUAGAGUGUUUUGGGAUAUGUUGACGGGAUUAGCUCCCAACAUAAACCCAGGAAACUCUUCCUGUACUUGUCAAUUUUUCCAGAAAUAUUAAAAACAGCUUUAUUUUAAUUCUGACUAUUCUUCAUACAGAGUUUUGAAGGGACUUCUAUGAAUAUCUUUAAAGGGUAAGACUACACUUUUUCUUAAAAUGGUUGUCUCAAUACUUUCUGACGUCCCUUCUCUGUGUUUGACAGUCUGCCCGAAGAUCAUUUGCUCUCAUUACUCCUAAAAAAUGGGUAAAACAAAUGUUUUUAUUUUUUUUAUUGAUUUCCUAAAAAAUCUGGGCACUGUAGUUCUUAGCAAACGUUACUCAAACAAUAAAUAGUGUAUUUGUUGGAACUGUUUUCAGCUGCGGAUUAAUACACAU